UCAGAUCACAUUUGUUUGUUUUUAUUUUGCGGCUUGCGCAGCGUGGAGUGUAUAGUAAAAUAAUUAACAUGUCUAAUAAAAGAAACAAGGAGAUAGUAAACGACAGUGAAAGUGAAGAAGAACAAGAAACAGGUAGUGAUAAAGAUUCUGAUGUGGACUCUGAUGGAAACUACAUUGGCGAUAAGGAAUUACAAGCAGAUUUUGAAGGCCGUAACCCCGAGGAUUGUGAUUUUCAUGGCAUUAAACAGUUAUUAAGGCAGCUGUUUUUAAAAUCCAAUGUGGAAUUAGGUGCAUUAGCACAAAUUAUAAUUUCACAAAACUAUGUGGGUAGUGUUGUGAAGCAAUGCUUAGAUGACAUAAUGGAUGAGGAUGACGAUGAUGAUGUUGGUGACGGUGUGUUCGGUGUUACAACUGUCAUUAAUGUCACCAAGAGAAAAGAUGAACAUUGUGUUAAACAAAUCAGAACAUUGCUAACCACACUGGCCGAUGAAAAUGCGGAUGACAAAACCAAAGCAUUAGUGAAUAAAAUAUUAGCAGACGAAUCAAACCAUGUAGGACUUGUAAUUAAUGAAAGAAUUCUCAACAUUCCGGCUGCUAUUAGUGUGCCAUUGUUCUCCUCACUGCAGUCGGAGUUAGAUAAAGCUAAUAAGAAAAAUAUGCAGUACACAUUCCAAUAUCUCGUGUGGAUCUGUAAAGUUUACAAAUCUAGUGAUGAUGAUUCAGAUGUUUUAUUUGCUAACCAAGAGGAGAAGCCACUCGUUAAAGAAGCUAUUGCCAGUUUCGAUGUAGAUGUAAAGGAACAAGCGGAACUCUCUCAGUGGGACUUUGAGGGUGGAGCGAUGACACCUUAUCGUAAAGUAUUGAUAUUUGAGGGAAAGAAAUUCAACGAACUAGUGAGACUUAUGAAGGAAGAAGUAGAAAAUGCUUAAUUUUAAGACAUAAUUCGCCUACACUAUGUUAUGCCAUACAAUAUGUAUUUUCAUAUUUAUAAUACUUAUAUAUUAAUUUGUGAUAUGCUG